UUGGCAUGGUAUUAGAGCCAUUCUGAUCCAAACAGAGUUUCUAUUCUGAUUCACUUACUGGCACUACUGCCAUCUACCCAAUAAGACCUGUUAUUCUGCAGGUCUUCUACUUUCAUACCAACCCAAUCUUACUCUUUUUUUCAUUUGGCCAUAUCUACCAACAUUAUUACCCAUAUCCAGCUUGUUAACCAUACAUAUUCCGCUGCAUCUUUUCCUAUAUUCUUCCCAUUUGCAGUAUCUCUGCAAAACCCAGAAAUCUUUACACAAAAAAAAUAUACUACCCAAUACCCCAUAAGCCAUACCCGUUGGAAUCACCCAACAAAUUUACCCAUAACCUCUGAGGCAGUAAUAAUGGGUGACUCCAAGACCACUGUUUCAGCUACUGUUACUCAAAGUGAUAUGUCUCUACAUAUCACCCCAGACAAGUUGGAUGGGUCUAACUAUUCCUCAUGGUCCCAAAGUGUCCGCAUCUACAUCACUGGCAGAGGUAAAUGGUCUUAUGUCAGUGGAACAAAAAUGGCACCAGCAGAAGCUGAUGCAUUGUAUGCUAUAUGGGAGGAAAAGAAUGCCAUGGUUCAAUCUUGGUUACUCAACUCCAUGACCAGAGAUGUACGGGCCAUUUUUCUCCGACUCUCUACUGCAAAAGAUGUUUGGGAUGCUGUUACCCAAACUUACUCAAUUGAAAAAGAUGCAUCAAAGUUAUACGAACUUCGCCGUCAAGCACUGGUGACUCGCCAGAAUGGAGAACCUUUAUCUGCAUAUUAUGGUAAACUUCAGCAAAUAUGGCAAGAAAUUGAUUUCUUACGUCCUGGAAAAUUGAAAUGCGCUGAUGAUAUUGCUACCCGAGAGACAGAAAUUUCGGAAGAAAGAUUGUAUGAUUUUCUGGCUGGUCUUGAUCCUCAUUUAGAUCAUGUUCGCAGUCAAGUUUUGACUCAAACAACUCUGUCUUCUGUUCGUGCUGCUUAUGCUCUUGUGAAUGCUGAAGCAAGUAGGCAAACCAUUAUGUUGGUUGGCCCACAAGUGGAAGGAUCUGCCAUGGUAGCUGCUCCGUCUCGAUUUCCCCGUGGAGUCUCUAAUUCUCGAUUAGGUGGAUCCAAAACUACUGAUACAAGGAAGUGUACUUAUUGUGACAAGGAUAAGCAUACUAGAGACACUUGCUUCAAGCUGCAUGGAUAUCCUGAUUGGUGGGUUCAAAAGAAGGAAAAUCAAAAGAAAGGCAUUGGUGGAUCACAAGCACACCUGACACCAACGCCUUCCAUACCUCGGGUGGAUCAAUCUGCUCACUUAGUUUCUCCAACUACUGCUUCUACUUCCUUAGUCGAUGCAGGAUAUUCGAACGAAAGCAUUGAUUGGUCAUGGUAGAGAGAGGGGAGGUCUAUACUACUUGGAUUUAC